UUUCUAAAAAUAAAUCGACCAAAAUAUACAAGUUCAGGGCAAACAACGUGAUUUCUUAAUCUGUAGGUUUGUUACCACAUGCUGUGAUAUCUCCGAGCUGUUCACAUACUCCGGUUUUGUUUUAUUAAACUGUUUAAAUUUAUUAGGCUUGGAAUGUUGUGUUAUUGAAAUAUUCUCAUUUAUUUAGUACGAGUAGUGAUUUUAGUGAGAAUUAGAGACGAGUUACUACUCAUAGUUUUUUAAUUCCUCUGUGCAUACAAAUUAGAAAUGAAACAUAUUAAAAAUACGUUGGAAUCUGAUGGGUAUGUCAUCCUAGAAGGUUUCUUAACUGAAAAGGAAAUAGAAGAAUUAAAACAAGAGACCAACAAAUUAAUACAGGAAAUGCCAGAACAGUCGCAAAGAACGGUUUUUAAUACGAUAACUGCCCAACAGAAUAGAGACAAAUACUUUCUGGAAAGUUCGGAUAAAAUCAGAUAUUUUUACGAAACAGGGGCACUUGAUCCUGAGGGAAAACUUCUGGUAGAUCCCAAUAUAGCCUUAAAUAAAAUAGGGCAUGCACUUCACGAGCUUAAUCCCGUAUUUAGGAAACUCAGUUUCAGUGAGAAAGUCAAAGAGAUUGCUUUUCAGUUAGGUUUUGAAGACCCAGCCAUACCACAGAGCAUGUAUAUUUUUAAAAAUCCUGGAAUCGGAGGUGAAGUCAUUCCGCAUCAGGACGCUUGGUACCUUUAUACAGAGCCCAAACAUGUCGUGGGUUUUUGGUUCGCCUUAGAAGAUGCCACAAUCGAAAACGGUUGCCUUUGGUUUUCGAAAGGAUCACAUAAAGGAGGAGUUCAUAGACGUUGCAUUAGAAAUCCAGAUAAGUCUUCUGAUGAGCUAUUGAUUUACACUGCGCCCGCGCCUACUUAUCAGAAGAGUCAUUUCACUGCUGCACCGGUUCCGAAAGGAACUCUAAUACUUAUACACGGCCAAGUGGUGCAUUUCAGUGAAGUUAACAAAUCUGAGAAGCCUCGACCGGCCUAUACUUUCCACGUAAUAGAACAAAAAGAUAACAAAUACUCUGAAGAGAAUUGGCUUCAGCUUCCAGAAGGUCGUCAGUUUUUAAGUCUUUAUAAAACCAACUGAUAUUCAGCAAACAUUCAUGAAACAUGUACCUUUAAAAGAAUUUAUUUUAUUUACAGGAUUUUCGAACGUUAUAAAAUAUAUUUUUUUAUCAGAAAACUA